AUGGGCUACGAAAAUUCCGAGAGCAUCAGCCGUGGUGCCAGUGAGAAGAGCGUGAUUGGGCAGGAGCUGCCGAAGGGACUGACCCCAAGCCAAGUCUUCCGAGAGAAGCACAUCCAAGAGGACGAGCCUGUCCUCCCCAGCCAGCUUUGGCCAAGGCAGGUGAUGGAGCAGGUGCUGGAUUUGGACAGCUUGACACAGCAGGAGGUGCAGCAAGAGGUUCUCACGGAAAGGCUGACGGGCGAGGUCGACUCUAGUGACAGUGAAGCCAGAUCCCUGCCAGGACAAGCACUCAUGAACCUGUCGAGCACCGCGAAGCCCGUGUGCCCCUUUGACGACAUCCUUCCACCGGCUCUGGAUCCGAACCCAGCCGUGGAGGAGAAUGCUGGGGACCCCGACAGUGUGAGGGCCUACGUGGGACAGCAGCUCGAGUUUUGGUCCAAGACUGCCAGUAGAUGGAUACCAUGCGAAGUCAUCAAUGUGCGCGGUGACGCUGCCAUCAUGGUCAAUGUCAAGCCGAACACCUGGCUGACAACGGAGGACCAAGCACGGCGUGUCCGGGCCUGCGAAUUGCAACGUUCCCCGGAGAUGUCGCCGACACAGGAUACACGCAAGGUGCUGGGAUCAACCGGCAGGGCGAAGAGUGACAACGGCCAGUUCUGUGUGGGACAGCCCGUGGAGUAUUUGUCCAUCUCUGCCGGUCGCUGGAUUCCGAGCCGGGUCACGGGCAUAGACGAGGAGAACUCCAUACAACUGGAUGUGAAGCCGGGCUGCUGGAUACCUCUGCACCAUCAGAAGGGCCAUGUGCGGCUCCCCGGUUUGCUUGAUUCUGGUGAGGUGCAGGGGCACGCGGCGCCAUCCACCUCCUUGGCGGAUCUCGAUCUGUCGCAUCUGCAAAGUGAGGAGCUUGAGUACUACUCCUUGAACCUCUCCGCUUGGAUACCCUGCAGAAUACUUCAGCAGGAUGCACAGAGCGGCUGUGCUGUCAUCGACGUUUUGCCUAGUGCCUGGAUCACCCCGGCACAACAGGCUACAUAUUUGCGAGCUGCACUACAGCAGGAACGCCUUCGAAUUCCACUUAUCGGAGACAAAGUCGUUUACUUCUCCGAGUCCCACAUGCGCUGGAUUCCGACCAUCAUCACAGAUGUCGGGGAUGCAGAUGAGGUCGAGCUGGAGAUCAAGCCCGGAGUGUGGAUCAGCAGAGACGUCCAGAAGCGCGUUCUUCGUUGGUGCUCCGACCAGCUUUGA